UCGGAUCUUGAUCCAGAACCACAAGAUGACAAUCAUGUUGAAAUUCUUUUUACUCACGCUGAUGGCGAUGACGGUCACGGCAUGGCCCUCGUUCUUGGUACAUGAAGGCCAUGGUCUUGGAGCAGAUGAGCCCAAGCUCAUCUCGCAAUCAGUACAUUUACAAGAGGUACCGACCAAGGUGAUCAAGGUUACUAAGACAGUAGCCAUCAAGGUCCCUGUACCAUAUCCCGUUAAGGUACCUCAUCACAUCCCAUUUCCGGUGCCUGUAAAACAUCCUGUAGCAAUUCGAGUACCGCAGAUAGUGAAAGUGCCGCAGCACGUGCCAGUUCCUAUAGAGAAGCCAAUUCCGGUGGAAGUGCAUCAGCAGGUGCCGUUCCUGAUAUCUAAACCGGUGCCUGUACCGCAUCCGGUUCCUGUACCUCAUCCGGUUACUUUGACCAAACCGAUCUUUGUCCCUGUACCGAAGGCGAUUCCGAUUCCACAAUCGAAUCAUGAUGAAGGUGGCAUUUCCGCUGGAACUGAAGGUGAUCAUGCUAGCCAUGAGACGACUCACUACAGCACUUAUACUUCUCAAGGCCAUGAAUCCUACGAUCAGCAAAAUAGUGACCAACAGGUUCAAUUCCAGCCAUCUCAACCCGAUUACUCGACGGAUCAUUAGCUUUCGAAAUGCGACAGGACGACUGAUUAUGGCGGUGUGCGAGGUCUGUGUGGCUGAAAGGAAAAGUAAAUCGAGAAGUAAAUCAUUGACGUACGAUAUGCGCAAACCGGUCAUUUUGAAAGUGGUUUAAGCGAAAUGUUAAAGGGUUUAAAUAAAUAACAUACGAGUAUUAAAUGACGUUGCCCUUUCUUGGAAACUUAACUCAUUCCACUUUCAAAGUCGAUAAUCCGAU